AUGUACAUUUGGGUUCGCGGCCCCCUGGUACCGGCCCGGGUCUGCCCUGGUCUUGCUACGGUACUUGCUCACCUUAGGCGACCGACGAUCCCUCCUGGCGACGAACCCGUCCAAGCUUCCCCUCCCGACCUAAGGCCUGCAAUUAAGUCCCUGGAAGAGAUCCAAGCAGCAUUCAACAAUCUGUCGAAACCCCUGAGUAAUAACACUGCACUCAAUGACUUCCUACGCGCCAAUUUCGCCGCUGCGGGCGGUGAGCUGAAGGAAGUACCGAAGGAUCAAUUGAAAACAGACCCAAAGUUCCUCGACAAGAUCAACGAUACAGUAAUCAAGGAAUUCUCUCAGAAGGUCAUUGCCAUCUGGCCGGACUUGACCCGCACCUACGCUGGCUCUGCAAGCAACUGCACAACUUGCCCGAACAGCUUCAUCCCAGUCAACCACACCUUUGUGGUUGCCGGAGGCCGAUUCCGCGAGCCUUAUUAUUGGGACUCUUUCUGGAUUCUCGAGGGUCUGUUACGCACAGGUGGCGCUUUCACUGAGAUCUCCAAGAAUGUAAUCGAAAAUUUCCUGGACCUCGUGGAAAAACUCGGAUUUGUGCCAAAUGGUGCUCGAAUCUACUAUCUGAACCGUUCGCAGCCGCCAUUGUUAGCACAGAUGGUGCGCCUCUAUGUCGAGUACACGAGCGACCGGAGCAUAUUGGAACGUGCAAUUCCUCUCCUCAUUAAAGAGCAUGACUUCUGGAUGACAAACAGAACUGUUGAAGUAAACAGAAACGGGACUGCAUACACUCUGAAUCAAUACAACGUGACCAACACACAACCAAGACCCGAAUCAUACAGAGAAGACUACGUCACUGCUUCGAACGCUUCCUACUACUCGACCAGCGGAAUCAUUUACCCCGAGGUCGAGAAGCUGAACGACACCGAAAAGGCCCGUGUGUAUGCCAAUCUUGCGUCCGGUGCCGAGAGUGGCUGGGAUUACACCUCACGAUGGCUUUCUCGACCUGCAGAUGCGGCGAGGGACGUCUACUUCCCUCUCCGAUCCCUCAACGUUCUGGAGACUGUCCCUGUGGAGCUGAACUCCAUCUUGUACUGGAAUGAGAUGACCAUUGCUGCGCUACUCAACUCUACAAGCAACGGCACGGGAGCAGUGGCUUGGACUGAACUUGCCACCAAACGAAGUCAAGCCAUGUACGAUUUGAUGUGGAACUCCACUCUUUCAAGCUACUUUGACUACAACGUGACCUCGGGAGGUCAGAACAUCUACAUUCCCGAAGACGAUGAUGCCAGCAGUCUUGAAACGAACACCGCCGGAGCAGAACAACAAGUUCUCUUUUCAGUUUCCCAGUUCUACCCGUUCUGGACAGGAGCGGCACCUUCUCAUCUCAAGAAUAACCCUUACGCGGUAAAGCAAGCGUACCAGCGUGUGGAGAAGUAUCUAGACAUCAAGAAGGGUGGCAUCCCCGCCACAAACCUCAAGACUGGUCAACAGUGGGAUCAGCCAAAUGUCUGGCCACCCUUGAUGCACGUUCUUAUGGAAGGUCUACGCAGGACACCUGCCACCUUUGGGGAGUCGGAUCCCGCUUGGCGUGAUGUCCAAAGUCUCGCCCUCCGCCUCGGACAACGGUAUUUGGACUCUACCUUUUGCACAUGGUACGCUACGGGGGGUUCAACCAGCGAGACUCCUCAGCUCCAGGGGUUGACCGCCCAGAGCGUCGGAACCAUGUUUGAGAAGUACGGCGAUAACUCAACCAACGUUGCGGGUGGCGGUGGAGAAUAUGAAGUGGUUGAGGGAUUCGGCUGGACGAACGGUGUUCUACUUUGGGCCGUUGAUGUGUUUGGAAAUGACUUGAAGAGGCCCGACUGCGGGAACAUCACCGCAGCCAACGUUCAUCCGGCUAAGAGAAGCUUGCCUCAACGCGCAGUGGAAUUGGAUUCCUACGAUGCUUCUUGGAUCAAGAAGUUUGGUAGACGCGCUGAGGAGACCGCGAGGAGGUUGUAG